CUGUCUCUCUGUGUCUGUGUCUUUUAUGUGUACACAGGUAGGGCUGUGGACACACCUGGACUUCAACAUUGUGUACAACGGCGACUCUGUGAUCUUUGCCAACGUCUCAGUGAAGGACUCCAAGCCAGUGCCUCUGGAGGAGGGUGGCGGUGGCGCCAGACACGGGUUGGUGGGGACAGGCGGCAGGCUUGCACUGUCCUUCACCUACAGCGUGCACUGGUUUGAUAGCCCUCUGACCCACACCCGGCUGGCAGAGAGGCUGAGGGACUACUCGUUCUUCCCCAAGACUCUGGACAUCUCCCUGGUGCUGGUGGUGCUACUGCUGGGCUUUGACAUCAUCCUCAUCCAGGUCCUCAAGAACGACUUCGCCAGGUACAAUGUUGAGGAGGGGAGCUGUGAUGRUCUGGACCAAGGGGACAGUGGCUGGUAGACCAUCCAAACKGACGUUUUCCGGGUCCCUCCUUACAGCCUGCUGUGUCCCGUGUUGGCAGUGGGAACUCAGUUUCUAACCCUGGUGACAGGGAUCAUCAUCAUGGCGUUGCUGGGAAUGUUUAACGUGCAUCGUCAUGGUGCUAUCAACUCGGCGGCCAUCAUGCUGUACGCGUUGCCGAGUUGUGUGUCAGGAUACUGCUCCUGUAGCUUCUACACACAGCAUGGCCAGUGCCUGGUCUGGAAUAUCCUCUACACACAGAUACAUGGCCAGUGCCUGGUCUGGAAUAUCCUCCUCUACACACAGACACAUGGCCAGUGCCUGGUCUGGAAUAUCCUCCUCUACACACAGACACCAUGGCCAGUGGCCUGUGCCAUCCCAGUGGAGCUGUACUACAUCUUCGCCACCAUGUGGGGCCGCRAGCAUUACACCCUGUAUAGCAUCUUCCUCUUGUUAGGCGCCUGCAUCUCGGUGGCGCUCACCUACUUCCUGCUGUCUGGCGAGGACUACCGCUGGUGGUGGCCCAGCAUGCUGAGCACAGCUUCCACAGGCCUUCUUCAUCUUUGUCUAUUCAGCGUUUUUACUACCGCAACCGUUCUAGUAUGA